UGGGAGAGUUGGACUCACUUGCAUUUGCACACCGCACGUAAUUGAGGUAGCUCUUACGAUGGACGCGUGGUGUGUGUUUUUGUACUUUGCCACUCGUAUGCUGACAGUGAAUUCGGCAACUCAUUCGCUGAUCUACAUUUACACAGCGAUGUCCGCAGACCUCGGCUUGCCGGGUGUGCACAAGUUUACAGCAAUAGGUCUACUGGACGGUAAACCCUUUGACCGUUUUGACACUGACAACCCACGGAAAACCCCCACAACAAACUGGGCUAGACGACACUUAACCACUGACUACUUGGAUAAGGGCACGCAGAGUCGACUCAGCAAGCAGAAAUGGUUUGGCGUUAACCUAGAUAUCGUAAUGACUCUCAUGGGACACUCGGCGUCCGAUGGGGAUGUACAUGUUAUACAGUGGUUACACGGAUGUUACGGGGAAACGAACCCCUCCGAGGAGAGGCUCCGGUUUGUCCACGGGGUGGAUAAGUACGCUUACGAUGGUGACGAUUUAAUGUCUUUUGAUUAUCUUACGCUGAGGUGGUCAGCUGCGACCGAAGCGGCGAAACCCAUCGCUGACAAAUGGAACGGUGUGACCGUAUUGACCGAAUACACCGUCGGCUACUUGCGCGGCGAGUGUAUCAAAUGGUUGACUACGUUUGUUGGAUACAGCAAACGGGAACUGAGAGACAGGGUAACCGUCCCUGAUGUGUACAUGUUUACACGGAAGACAAACGGCACUACUCUCACGUUGAUUUGUGUGGCCUCUGGGUUUCCCACAAACACGCAUGCGAUGAGGCUCAUGAGGAACGGCCGAGUUCUCAAUGCGGACGACGGUCUUAAGGUGUUUGACACUCUCCCAAACGACGAUGACACGUUGCAAACACGGAUCGCUGUGGAUAUAUUACCAUCUGACACGGGGAACUUCACCUGCGACGUGUUGGAGGAAGACACGGGGUAUCGCGUUGUCAAACACUGGCGAGCGGGGGAUCGCACAACUAUUCCAACAAUCGGCUGGCCGAACUCUGUUUUACUGUCGACAAUGGUGGGUUUGUGCAUUGUAGCUUUGUGUCUGGUGGUGGUGUAUAUCGUACGAAAACGGAGGACUGGACAAAUUGUAAAUGGAGUUUGA